AUGGCCGUUUGGUCGUUGCUUCCAGCGGUUUUUGCUGGCAGCUAUCUCCUCUACUGCGUCGCCCUCGUUGUGCACCGGCUCUACAUCAGCCCGCUGGCAAAGUUUCCAGGGCCGAAGCUGGCGGCAGCGACGCAAUGGUACGAGACGUACUACGAGAUGCUUUACAACGGGGGUGGGAUGUUUACCAAGCGGAUCAAAGAGAUGCGCGAGCAAUACGGCCCAAUCGUCCGUAUCAAUCCAUGGGAGCUCCACAUCGACGAACCGGAUUAUUACGAAACCAUCUACGCUCCAUCGGCGCCGUAUGACAGUCUCAAAGUCUUCGAGGCUCGUUUCAAUAUACCCAAGGCCGCCUUCUCGACUGCGGACCACACAGCACACAAGCAUCGGCGAGCUGUAUUGAACCCCUUCUUCACCAAGAGCAAGAUACAAGCUCAUGGUCCGUUCAUCCAGAGUCUUGUUGAUACCAUAUGUGCGCGCUUGACCGCCGAGUAUGCCGGCAGACAGAAACCAGUCAAGUUCAAUGGUAUGUUCGCGUGUCUCGCUGGAGACGUCAUAACAAACCUGGCUUUUGGCAAAGAGUACGACCUUUGCUUGAGCGAGGACUGGGAGACGCCGUUUACGAAAGGGAUGACGAACCUUGUGUCUUCAACGCACCUGACAACCCAGUUCGAGUGGGUUGUUCCGUUGAUGAACUGUAUCCCGGACAGGAUUAUGGCAAUGUCGCCUCUGUUCCAGCCGAUCAUCGAGUUUCGCCAUGGGCUGAACCACCGUAUCAAAGAGCUUUUGAAGAAGCGGCCCAAGGAGAGAGAUACGGGAGGAGAUACAGUCUUCGAAGUGCUUCUGAACUCCAAGCUUCCUCGCGAGGAACUGACCGAAGAGCGUCUGCAGCAUGAGGCUGUGAGCAUCGUUGGUGCGGCUUUCGACACAACGAGACAGGCUUUGACGAUGGUGUGCUUCCACAUCAUCGCAAACCCAGACAUCUAUCAACGUCUCCGCAUCGGCUAUGGCACCGUUCAACGCUCGCCUCGGAUAUCGCCAAGAGAGUUCCACUUCAACGGAUAUACUAUUCCGCCUGGUACACCCGUCUCCCAGGACUCUUAUCACAUGCAUUCCAACGAGCGGGUGUUUCCCGACAGCACCACGUACAGGUCCGAGAAGUGGCUCGGCGAUCCCAAAAGCCCCGACGGCGUGAAACAGCUAUCUCGGUACAUGGUGGCGUUUGGUCGUGGCGCGAGAAUGUGCCUAGGGAUGCAGAUGGCAUAUUGCGAGUUGUACCUUAUGGUUGCGUCGCUGAUGCGGAGGUUCGAGUUCGAGCUUUUUGAGACGGAUCGCUCGGAUGUGGACUUCUAUAGAGACGCGUUGACGCCGCAGGCGAAGCCGGAUAGCCAAGGUGUAAGAGUGCUGGUAAAGUAG